AUGAAUCGGCCCACUCACUUUGCAAACCCCGCUGAAAUUGUUCUUUCUGAAAACCCUGAUCGACCACCGGUGCUUCCUUCUGCCGAACUUGUCAAUCCACUAUCAGUGAUUCCUGCACCAACACCCGCUCCUCAGUUAAAACCAUCUGAAAUCUUCGUACCACAACCUCAACCGCCUCCUCCUCCACCACAGCAACAGAUACUAAACAGAGGUUUGGAAGAAGAAAAACCGCUUGAAGAAAUAAGCUUAAUUUUCCCGUCUGUUGAUGAAAGUGAAAAGAUGCGUCUACCCAAUUUAGUUCAAGCUGGAGAACUGAUGUAUAUCAAUAAAAAACGAGAUGAUAUCCUAUCGACGAUCGUCCGAGAUUUUUGUACUAAAAAACAUUUUCUAUUAUUCGUCGAAGAAUGUUUAAUCCCACUGAUGUAUCUACUGAAACGACACCAGAAUCUAGAUGAUUUUAUGGAAGCACUCUCGUUUAAAUUAUCACAAGUGUUUGGUCUUUCCGCAGAAACAGUUCCAAAAAUCAGUUUACGAAUGCUGAUACACGUCCUAUUAAUGAAAUCAGAUUUAUCCAUGAGGCGUAUGAUAAUGUCUUUACUAUGUAAACGAAAUCCAGUUCCAUUCAUUGCACCAACAAAUGACGUACAACAGCAACAACAAUAUCAGGUUGUACCGGAAAUUUUUCACAUAUGGGAUUAUGAUACACCGACAUUUUUAUCGUUUGGCAUCGGUCCAUGUUCCGGUAAAUCAACAUUGUUGAAUGCAUUGUUCAUGUCGACCUUUGAACAGUCAUCACAAACCGUUUAUUUCCAACAGACAAUUGAUAUUGAUUUUGGUUACAGUUUUCUACCAUCGCGAUCAAUGAACAUAGCAGAUGCACACGGACAAAUGACAAAACAAUUGCUGUAUAAAAUACAUGAAUUGUUCGAGGGUUUUCUUAUCCAUGUUGAUUAUGCUUAUCUCGAAAAUAACGUUGAAACUGUAUUGGAUUUUAUCAGUGAGUUACCAUCUUCGAAAUUUCGUCUACUUAUUGUUCGCGAUCUACAGAGUCACCUUGGUGAACGCUAUUCAAAAUUGUUAUUAACACGUUUUUCUACGUCAUUGGUUCAACAGUAUGCAUUAAAACACAUUGCCGAUCACAAUAAUACACAGAAUAAACAUUUAAUUAGAAUGUUACGUGAUAUAAUUCUAAAUGAUGCUCCAUCUACAUUUAGACAUGAUAAAGAUUUUGUUAAAAGUGCACUAAAGCGUAUUAUCGGUAAUGACUAUAAACAACAUCUGUCAAAAAUGUAUGAAACAAUUAUACCGUUAGAACGGAAAUUACUGCAACUAGUUGAAGAUGAAACGAAAAUUGUUGAAUACUUUCCAGAAUAUUCAAAUUUUGAAAAUUUAUUACGUCAAGAUAUUACUGAACGACGACAAAAACAGGGUUUAACAACGGGCGGUGUCAUUUACGAUUUAUUUGUUGAAAUGUUAAAAACUUCGGAUGCGCUCAUGUGCUUAAACUUGUUAUCAAUAGAGCUGAAGGAACAACGAAAUCGUGUAGUAUCAACUGGCGAACAAGCUAAUCAACUACCAAUACAGAAAAAGUUGUCGUUGGAAUUAUUAUGGCGAAAUGCUAUAGUCUGCAGGCAGAGUCACCCAUCGGAUGAUGAUAACGAGAGUAUAGAAAGACUUAUUGUUCAACGGUACUUUGAAUAUAUCAGAGCAGGAUUUCCAUUUGAAAUCAUUGAUGGUGAUAAUUAUUAUUUUCCACAUUCAUUUCUAGCAAAAGCCUUAUCUAACUUUCGUAACAAGAGAAUUUUAGUAAUCAGUGUUAUUGGACCACAAAAUUCAGGGAAAAGUACUUUACUCAAUUAUAUGUUUGGCACAUUUUUCGAUGUCAGAGACGGCCGUUGUACUCGAGGUAUUUACGGUUCAUUUGUUAAAUCAAAUCGUCGAGACUUUGAUUAUAUUAUGAUCAUAGAUACAGAAGGUUUAUUAGGUGUGGAACGUGAAGAUAAAGAAUUUGAUCGUCGAUUAGUGCUAUUCUGUUUAGCAGUGUCACAUUUAGUUAUCGUGAAUAUGAUUGGUGAAGUCAAUGAAAGUUUAAAAACAAUGUUAACAUUAUGUGCCGACUCUCUGAAACAGAUGAAUGUCAAUCGUGUUCCACAACCAACUGUACAUUUCAUUUUGAAUCAAAAAGCUGAUUUAAAUAUCCAAAAUAAUCAAGCAGCUAUUGAUAAAAUUAUAGCCGAUUUAAAAAGUUUUGAUUUAAGCGGGAUGAUCGAUAUCAAACCUGAAACAUUUCAUACACUGCCUAAUGCAUUCAAGAAAGAGCGUGGUCCAUUAAACGACACCAAUCUUCCAUGUUUAAUUAAAACUGAACCAGAUUUCAUUGAGUUAGUUCAACUUUUAUGCGGUAAAAUUGUUAAUUCAGCCUUAGCAUGUUUAUCAAGAUCCUCUGAACAAUUUACCGAUCCCCUACACUGGCUCCAGUCUGCAAUCACAGUAUUUGAUACAUUGCAAAAAUUUGCAGAUCUCACGUAUUAUCGAGAUAUCGAUGAACGUCGCCAGGAUUAUGAAAUACGCGAAUAUAUAAGUGCAAAACUAGCAGAAGAAUUUUCUUCACCGUACCGUGAUCAGAUUACUGCUGAAUCGGUCAAUAAAAAUGAACGACAAAUUGAAGAAAUGCUCAUACCCGAAAUGGAAAAGAAACAAAAGGAUCUGAAUGAAGAUUUAGAGAAACAUUUGAAAUCAACUAAAACAUCUGAUACAAUUCGUAAAAGAUGUAAACAAUUUCUACUAGCACAAAUUAUUGAACAGUUUAAUGCAUUACGAACAACGUGUAAAAUGGUGAGUGAAAGAGCACAAGUCCAACUGUUAGUGCAGAGUGGUACAGGUGACUUAAAACAGUUGAUUGAAGAUAUUAUUGCAAAAGGUACACACAUGUCUGAACAGUCAGCAUCAGAAGUUUUUGAUCAUAUGUACAACAGUAUUAUUAAAAAUAUUAAAAAAAAUUUUGAUCAAAAUGAAAGGGUGACUUUGGCUCUGAGACAUAUCUACAGUAUCUAUUGUAUUUAUGAAAAAAAUUGUUUACCAGAUUAUAACAGCGGCGUACUGAAUCAUCUGCCUUGGCUACAACAUCUUACUAGUGAAGUGCAGGAAGAGUAUAUUCUGGAUGAAUUGGCAGUUCUUUUCACUCAAGUUGCGUAUGAAUACCCGCUGGUAGAAGAACAUACAUUCACACCUGAUGCAAUGAAUCCCUAUUCCACAAAGGUAAUCGAAGAUUUGGUUCAUCUAAACCAGAAGCUAUUAAAACACCGAUUUAAACAGUUUUUGGCAUCCAAUUCAAUAACUGAACCAACUCAAAAAGAGCUCAGCACCCUACGCUAUGUUUUAAAUGCGAUAAAAAACCAGGUCGUAACGAGCAAAGAAGAAAAGUAUACUGCUGCAACUAAAAAUUUUCUAUGUCUUAUUAGAAAAGAUAUCAAACAUGAGUGGAAAAGUGUUUCGAAAGAUCGAAGUAUCGUGUCAGAUGAUGAUUCACAUGUACAACUACACAUACAAGCGUCUAAACUUCUUCGAAAUGUUAUUCAAUCAAUUGUUAAAGCUACACGUGGGAAUACUGCAGAUGAAACACGACAGAUUCAGACUGAUCUAAUACAAAAAAUAGUUGGUGUUAUCAGUACUCUAAUCAAGGAUAUUAACUUGGAACUGAGUCCAUUUUGUUUAUCACUGAACAAACCCCUAAAAUCGACGUUUCAUAUAUGUGCCAUUGUCCUGUUAACAAAAUAUUACUAUAAUGAACAGGAAAAUCAUUUUCUGCAAACAUUAAAUACAUUGAACAACACAAAAGACCAUUUAAAAUCUUAUUUCAUUACAAUGGUUGUUUUAAACAUCUCAAACGAUUCCAACGGUGCAGUCAGUUUAUGUAAACAACUGAAAGAUUAUAUGUUGAAAAGUUUCGUCGACAAAGGACAAAAAAGUAUUAAUUCUGAAUUGAGAAAAUACGAUAAUUUGAACCGUAAAUGGGUACAAGAUCGAUGUGACGGAGAGUUGCUUUCAGCAGAAAAAAAAUGGUUUAUGGAUUAUAUUGAAAAUCCGACAAAAGUUAUUGAACAGUCGUUUAAUGAUACAUGGAAUAAUAUCAAACAAUCAAUAAACCAAAAUUUAAUACAGCUGAAAAUGUACCAUAUCGAGGCAUUAGUGAAUUUUUUUUACUGUAUACAAGCGCAACUGUAUAAACCAGAUAUCAAGUUAAUGGAAAUUACAAAAGCUAUGACAACUGUUUAUCAUAGCUGUACGAUCGACAAUUUAUCGGCAUUUUUACACUGUGUGUUACAAGAAAAAGGCGCAAUGCUGACCGAGUUCGGUACGCAGAAAUGUGAUUUUGAUACAAUUGAUACGCAGGACACCUAUGCCCGACUGUUAGACAAAAUUCGCGGAUGUCCAGAUCGAUGUCCAUGUUGUCAAAGGCCGUGCGAUGUUGAUCAUACAUUGAUAAAAUCCAAUCCAGGAUCGGAAAGUAAUAAACGUCGUUGUGCUACAGGGCAUGCGCUAAGAGCGAUGAAUGGCUAUAAAUUUGAAGAAACCGAUGAAGCUUCAUUAUUUAUGUGUGAACAGAUAAAAGACGGUCAAACUAUUGUUGUUGGUUCUCUACGAAAAAGAUGGUCGCAGUUUAAAUUAGAUCAUCGCGAUUGA